AUGGCCUCGCUGCGCCUUGCCAGCCCCAGGCUGAGGAACUACUUCAAGGAGAACUACAUUCCUCAGGUCUGCGAGGCUCUAUUAUGUGGUCUACUUGUUACAUGUCCUGAGGAUCCCCUGAGGUAUUUAGAGGAAAUGAUCACUGCUGUAAUGGAAAAUGGUCUUGAAAGUCUUCUCUGGGAUAUGUGCAUUGAUCCAUCAAUGAACCCCAAAAUUCGGAGACUGUCGGAAACUAACGUGGAACAACUUUUUGGACUGGAUGAUCAGCGGGUGACUCCAGAAUUAAUGAUAAAAGCAUGUACUUUUCAUACUGGACGUUUACUGAAGACCCACUUUUACACAUGGAGAGAGAUAGCAAUACCUCCUACAAAUGAAGAUGACCUUCUGGCUGAAAAACUGGAAAUAUCAAUAGAAUAUGACAAUUUCAGACUUAAAAAAUGUGUAUUUCGUCAUUGGCAGUCUUAUGUGAAAGGUCGAAAAGAACGACUUAAAGAUACACUACUGCGGGUACAACAGAUGUUCUAUUGCUACAAGCUGAUCAUUAUCCUAACUAAAUGGAGGGAUAAAGCAAGACAUAAGUAUAAAAAGAGAGAAGAUGAGCUGAUGUUGAAGCAUGAACCUCAAUUUAAAAAGUGGAGAAGCAAGUUAAAAUUCAGAGUAAAUUCUAAAGAAGAAUACAUUUCUCCUGAAUAAAAUGUGUCUGAAGUCUUUCUUGUAGAUGAGAUUCCUGAAUUUGACGUUUCACAGUUACCCAAAAGACCAGUAUUACAGAUUUUCUCCUACCUCAGUUUAAGAGAUGUGGUAAUAUGUGGUCAAGUUAAUCGCUCCUGCUUGUUGAUGACACAAAUGAGCUCAUUGUGGAAUGGUAUUGAUUUUUCCACAGUAAAAAAUAUAAUCACAGAUAAACACAUAGUGUUUACUUUGCAAAGGUGGCGUCUAAAUGUGCUGUGCUUGAAUUUUCGUGGUUGUGUUCUCCAAUUGAAAACUUUGACAUCUGUCAGCCUCUGUAGAAACUUGCAAGAGCUGAAUGUCUCUGACUGUCCAACAUUCACGGUGAGAUGAUCAAUGAGAUACAUCCCUGAGAGCUGUCCUGGAGUCCUGUAUCUCAAUCUAUCUAACACAACUAUCACCAACAGGACGAUGCGACUCCUGCCAAGGUACUUCCACAAUUUACAGAACCUUAGUUUGGCUUAUUGCAGAAAGUUUACAGACAAAGGUUUACAGUACCUGAAUGUGGGGAAUGGAUGCCACAAGCUCAUCUAUCUGGACCUUUCCGGCUGCACCCAGAUUUCAGUCCAAGGCUUCAGGAACAUUGCACACAGCUGCAGUGGGAUUAGGCAUCUGACCAUCAAUGACAUGCCAACUCUGACGGACAACUGUGUAAAAGCUUUAGUUGAAAAAUGCCAUCGAAUUACAUCAGUAGUUUUCAUUGGUGCACCACAUAUUUCCGAUUGUACUUUCAAAGCUCUUUCUACUUGUGACCUCAGAAAGAUCCGAUUUGAAGGAAAUAAAAGGAUUACCGAUGCAUGCUUCAAAUUUAUAGACAAGAAUUCUCCAAAUAUCAGUCACAUUUACAUGGUGGACUGCAAGGGAAUAACAGAUGGCAGCCUCAAGUCACUCUCACAUUUGAAGCAACUUACUGUGCUGAAUCUGGCAAAUUGUGUAAGGUAAUGAGUCACUCAGUCAAGAAACACUGAUUAUCUAGAAUGUUCCAGACUUCCUCAAGAUGCUCAUUGGUUAGGAGAGUAAACAUGAAAGUCAGCAGUCCAAGUGGAGGUAAAUGCAGAGUUCUGAGGUAAAACAAAGGAGGGGCACCCAACCCAGACUAGUUAUGUAGGGGCAUGAGGAGAUUGUCAGGGAAUGCUCAGGAUAUGUGGAAUCACAGGCCCUUGUAAGAUUAAAUGAAUUUGCUGGAACACUUAUGGGCUACCUUUCCUAGUGAAGGUUCUUACAGCUAGUUCAGUUAAUAGGUCUUUUUCCCAAAUGGACUUUCCAACUUGCUUACGAAGAGCCAAUCUUACUGAAGUGUUUCCUCUUGGGUACUAGUUAGAUUUCUCCUCUGUGUGGGUUUGCUCACAGAUGGACAGAUGGCAAGUUCUUACUGAAACCCUUUCUUUAGCUGGGUUACAAAUGGGCUUCUAUCCUGGUAUUCUCAGGUGGGCAGGGAUCAAAUUCUUGCUAAAAUUUCUUCCCCGGUGGAUAUCUCAGCCUCUUGCUUGUAUAAAUUUCUUAUAAUAUUAAAGGGCCAGAUGAUAACAAAAUAGCAUUUGAUCUACAAUGAAAUUGGUUAAUAUUUGGGAAAACAUAAGACAAGUCAGAGUAAUAAGCUAGGCUACACAAAAUCUUAAGCCAUGUUCCCUAUUAUUAAAAUGGGGAGGCACCAUGGGUUGAGGAGGGGAGGUAAAGACAGGAUUUGAAAUGGGAAAAACCUGGAUUACAAAAUGAAGCCUCCAGUCAACAGCCAGCAAGGAACUGAGGCCUCCCGUCAACAGCCAUGUUGAGUGACCUUGGAAGCAGACCCUCCACUCACUCUCAGUCAAUCCUUCGGAUGAUUAAAGUUCCAGCUGGCAUCUUGGUUGCAAGCUCAUGAGCAAGCUGGCACCAUAAUGCAAGCAGGAUAUGUGUGUGUGUGUGUGUGUGUGUGUGUGUGUGUGUGUGUGUUUGUGUGUGUAACAGCUAAUCCUAUCUGUAUUAACAUGUGAAAUAAAAUUGAAUUGCAUUCAUAUACUUCAUUCAGGCUUCUGCAGGUUACCAAAUUUUAAAAAGAAAUGGAGGUUUUUCUGCGUCCAGCAGUAUAGUUGACAAAACACUUCAAAGGACUCCUUGCUACAAACAGUUUAGAUCGUGGAUGAAACAUACUUUCAAUACAUUGCUGAGCCCACAAAGAGUAAGAGAAAUAUCCAAUAUCCAGUAUCAUGAUUCUUCACCACCUUCUCAAUGGGCAGACUCUCUAAGACAAACAGUGAAUACCAAGCAAACAUAAAAGAUAGAGCUGCUAUGAGCAUAAAUGUUCAUUUCAACACUGGCAUUGAGACAAUCAGUUUUAGCGAGACUCAAGAUAGGGAAGCAGGAUGAGACUUCUGCGGUGUCUGGACCUCUUCAAGGGGGAAAAAGUGGUCUCAGGUAGAUAGUACCUAGGCCCCUGGAAGAAGUUACCUCAAAGCUUUUCUGAAGGAAAGCACCUUCUCUUUAGGCGUCCAAAGUUCCCAUAGGUUAAAGUCAAAUAAAUAGGUGCUCACAAUUAAAGACCAUCAAAUAUACAAAGAUAUGAGUCACCAUGAAGCAAAAUAAAUUUGAACUUCCAUAAUUCAUAUAUUAGGAUUAUCAUAGAAUAUUAAGUAACUAUGUAUAAAAUAUUUGAAGAGAUAAUGGAAC